CCUCGACAAGUCAGAUGAUCUUCAUUUCAGUUUACACUUUACAACAUACAUGAUCACCUACAGUUUAAUCAGUCACAAUUAAUACAAAAGUAAUACUUAAAAUUAACAUAAAAUAGUAUUUACAUACAUAUGUUAAUAUCAAUUCAAACAUAAAUAAGUAUACAUCCAUCAAAUUAAAGAAGUUACAUAGUCCAUACAUAUUUACUUUGUCUAACAAAGCACAGAAAUAUGACAGCCUCCGGAAACUUUACGUUUGAUCAAGUCCAAUCUGAGGGACCGAUUGAUUCUCCCUUCUCCGCAAAAGUUUGGCUUAUUGAAGACAAAGUUUUGCAGGCUGCUCGCCAAACGCCGUAUCUUCGCGUCAUGCUUACGCAGGAUGACGGGGUGACGAUUAUGGUGGCUUUAGCGAUCGGAAAGUCUUACCAAGUAGCAAAAAAUCGGUAUGAGGUAGGAAAAGAAUACAACUUUCCAGGUGGCACGUUCCGAUCAAAGCUACGAGAACCGGAGUAUCAAUCCUGGUCGACUUUUCCGUAUAAUUUGUGGUUUAACAACAAUAAUGAGGAAUUCGUGGGAAGGGAGCAUAAAGACCCGAUUAGCCGUCAGCAAAGUACAAGUUCCGCUUCAUCUCAACAGCCAAGGUUUAAUACACGGGGGCACGCUGCGCUAGGCGCAGACACAGAUGACAAUUGGAGAAGAUGAGCGUAAUAACUUAAAGCCAAACUAGCCUAAUAAACGAUUUGCGAUUUUAAAAUUUUAGUAGCUCUUUGCAUCUUACAAUGCGAUGGUGUAAAGUGUACCGCUCUGAUUUUGAAAAUUUUGGAAAUAUGCAGCCCCGAUUCAAUACAACCCACGUUUUUUGAAGCAGAUUGUGCUAUGGUUGGAAUUUAUGAAAAUAUUGAGGGCGAAGUUGACAAACGGACGAUUUAUUCCUUCCAGCGGAAUGCGAGUGGAGUUUGCUUCGUCCGUUUGGUAAUAAUCACCCAGUUUUUCAACUUUUACCUCAAAUAAGUAUUUUGAAAAAUCCCAACCAUAGCACAAACUCGUCUAGACACAUUGGUUGUAUUGACUUGGACUACAUAAUUACACAAAAUUUCAAACAAAUCUGGGAGUCACGCCUUACAUACACCGUCGUUGCAUUGUUACUUUACUUAAUUUUGGUACUGCCUACCGGCACGGGAUCAUCCGACGUUAGUUAUCAAGCAUUCUUCAUAUCCAAAUAUUUCUUAAAUUUGACAAAGUUUUCAGAAAUAUUAAGGAAAAAGGGAGAGUAUAAAAAUAAAAUAAAAGCAAGCAUA